AAAUGUUGAUCUUUCUGCCCAUGUCUUCUGCAUCAGCUUAUGCACAUAAGCUGUGGCAUCAGAGAACCUUUCCAGGAAGAACCUGACCACCUGUUAAAAACCAACUAGAAGUCCUGGUCCCUCACACAAGCUUACUUGUGUGACAGAACCCACAGCUUAACAACCACCUGGGCAGAGGCUAGACCGUGUCUGAGCCAGGAGGUGGGCAAUUUAGUGAUUUCCAUCCAUCUUUUAGCGGGUCUGUGAGAACCUGGGACCCGCCCCGGGGCCAUCCUAGCUCAGAUCUCUGGGUUGAACACGCGGUCAGGAUGACGUGGAUGUCAGCUGUCUGUCCUAGGUGGCCGCUCUGGGGGGCGGGCAGGUGAACCUGCACCGCAGACCCCCGUGCCCUCUGCGGGGGGCCACUGUUCAGAUCCUGUCUCCUUGGGGUGGCUUUUGGAUUUGAAAGGUGCCCUCCUCCCACGGGGGCAGGGUGGGGUGCGGAUCUCAGCAUGGGAGGGGGACGUCUGCCCAGAAACUGUGAACUCCGCUGGGCUUUGGCUCCGUUGUGCACCCGCGCAGGUGGCGUGAGGUCACUCAAAGGUCACAGCUUUCUCCUGCCCCCGCAGGCACGAGGGUCGUGGUGCUUUCUCCUCCACUGCCAACCAGACUCUCUCCGCAGCCCACGACCCCCCAGGCCCUGGCCCCACUCUUUCCUGCACCUGAGGAUGCGCAGAGCCAGGCUCGACUGCGCCUCCAAACCCCAAGAAACUCCUGGUUACUCCAGAGCCCCCACAACCACCCCACCCCGGAACUUCUCCGUUUCCCCAGAACCCGCGUAAAACCGGGCGGCCCUCCCCCGCGCAGGGGUACGCCGGGGCGCAGGCCCGGAGGCCCGGGUUGUCGGGCGGAGCCCUCGCCCGAUUGGCCGCGCCCUCGAUACUUUGUUGCGACCGCGCUCCUCCCGGGAGGUGUGGGCAGAGCACGUGCGGCGAGCGCGGAAGCGGGGCGCGGCGAGCAGCAGGGUGGGUGCCUCUGGGCAGGAAUCUCGCCCUUUGCUGCGGAGCAGCGCACCCCGAAAGAGGCCCGGAACCCGACACAGGAUGCAGAGCUUCCUGAGGCUGCUGAGGGAGAGUGGGGGCACUGGGCCCCCCUUGGAGGGGCUGGUGACUCUUGCAGGCAGACUGUGCCGCGACCUCCAGGAUGACCCAGCCCAGGUGCAGCCCUUGGUCACUGCUGUGUUGGACAGUCCCCUCCGCCUGCACCUCCUGGACAAUGCGGAUGUGGCCCUCGUGUGUGCCCGAGCGCUGGCCCAGCAGGACCAGCACCAGGCUGCCUGCCGCGUCCUGGAGGGAUGCCAGGUGCCCGGAGGCAGCCAGGAGCUGGUCCAGCUCUGGAACGACCUUCACUACCGUCUGGUCAUGAAGCGGCUGGGCGUGGCCACGCUCACCCCAGUGCAGAAGUUCCGCUGCAGAAAGAGGAAUCCACCACCGCCCUCCCUCUGCCCCGACGGCCUGAAAAGCCGGAACUUUCCCAGAGAGGUUCGCCAGAAGCUGCACGACUUCGCCUCUGCCGUGAGCACCAACCCCAGCAAGGCCGAGAGGGAGAACCUGGCCUUGGAGAUGAGCCUGAGCGCGGAGCAGGUGUAUAACUGGUUCGCCAACUACCGGCGGCGCAGAAGGGCCCUUCUCCAGCGACGUCCGCCAGCUCCGGAGGACGCGGCGGUGGACCUCCGCGUGAGGGAGACGGCUCCGGAGCCCCCGCAGCCCCCGGGCCAGCCCCGCCUUGGCCCCGGGGGUGCGGCCCGGCCUCAGUGGCCAGCAGGACCGGAGGAAGAUGGGCCUGCACAGUCCAGGGAGACCACUCAAGGGCCAUGGGAGUCGCUGGCUCUGGCCCCAGACUUUUCUGGAGAUGAGACUCUGCGGAAGCCAUUGCCUCCCAGGUCUCUGCAGGGCAGUGAGAUGUACCAGGAGGGUCCUGGCCGAAGCCCUGCCACUCUCCCCCACAUCUGCCCAGGCCUUGGCCUCUGCCCUCUGACUGCUGGCAGUGACAUGCUGGACUCUUCCCUGGCUGCCCCUGAGUCAUGGCUGAUGUCCCUUGCACUGGCGUCCUCCAAGGAAGUUUCCUUCCAGACUGGGCAGCUGGUCCAUGGGCAUGGGCUGGACCUCACGAUGCGGCCUGCAGAUGCCACUGUGGCUGUGUCCAUCACUGCCCUCGGUGAGCCCAGCUCCACAGGAUUCGCUGACCCACCUGCUGGCAACCCCCCGAGCAUGUACCUGGAGGAAGGUGCAGGCACCAGCGGCGGCCAGGCAGAACAGCAGGCCGGCGGCUUCCUGGUGACACAGCCUCCCGAAUUCCUCCUAGCCCAGAGUCCGCUGGAGUUGGCACCGGGCCCUUCCUUCUCUAGCCCUGUUUCUGCUGUGGACCUGAGCCAGCCUGUGCCCUCUAGCCAGGUGCAGUGGCCCGACGGCCAGGCCUCCAGUGAUGCCUUCUGGGGAGCCAGAAUGCUUCUUGAGCUUUCAGGGGGCAGCCUGGGUUGAGAUGUCCCUUCGGGGUAUCCAGCCAGUGCCCCCUGGGGAGCAGGUGUGGACAUCGAGCGUUUCAACACACGUUGCAUAGAGCUUUAUUCCGACUGAAGAGAGGCCCCAGGGUUCCUUCAGGGGGUUCCAGUGAGAAGCACUGAGGCUGCGUAGCCCCCUGCCGUGUUUGCAUAGUUUGGUUGGCAGCUCACUGUAUCAGAGGAAGCAUUUGAGAAACGCUCUUGAGCUCAGAAGUCCAAGGGGUCUGUUUCACUCAGGCAGUGGGAGAUUGUGGAUUCGAGCUCCUGGGCAUGUAGGUUAUGGGCGGGAAGACCUUUCUGGAGAUAAAGGAGAAUGUUGUACGGCUGUCUGCCCUCCCUGCCCUAUGACAAGGCCGAACUUCACCCAGUUAAGUUGGCGAGUGGGGUGUGGGCAGUGUUGUGACACUUCUGUGUCUUGGGGGUGAUGUGGUUGGGACGGCUCAGGCAGGGUGGGCCAGGGUGCCUUUUCCCUGCAGGUUGGAGUUCACUGUGUUUGUAAAACAGAUGUUCUGUUGAAUUAAAUUACAAUUCAGUG